ACUGCAGCCGGAGCGCGCAGGCGCCGACGUCGUUUGUCCCCGCGCGCGGCCCGUCGCGACGCUGACGUGAGGCUGCGGCGGCUCCGGGACAACUAUGGCGGGCGCCUGGGAGGAGAUCCGCCGCCUGGCGACUGACUUCCAGCGCGCCCAGUUCGCCGAGGUCACGCAGCGGGAGGUCCGGCGAGAGCUGCGGGCGCGCGCUGGUCGAGUAAACAUUGUUGACUUACAACAGAUAAUAAAUGUAGACCUGCUACAUAUUGAAAACCGUGCUAAUGACAUUGUUAAAUCAGAUAGAGCUAUUCAGCUUGUUCUGGGACAGCUUAUAGAUGAGAGUUACUUAGACCAGUUAGCAGAAGAGGUAAAUGAUAAACUACAGGAAACUGGCCAAGUGACAAUAUCUGAACUCUGCAAGGCAUAUGACCUUCCAGGAGACUUCCUGACACAGGCAUUGUCUGGGCGUCUGGGUAGAAUUAUCCGUGGACAAAUAGAUCAGGACAACCGAGGGGUGAUUUUUACAGAAGCCUUUGUAUCCCGUCAUCGGGCACGUAUUCGUGGUCUAUUUAGCGCAAUGACUCGGCCUACACCUGUAAGUAACUUGAUCACUCGUUAUGGAUUUCAGGAACAUUUGCUUUACUCUGUGUUAGAGGAACUUGUUAACACUGGACGUCUGAAAGGCACAGUGGUUGGCGGGAGACAGGAUAAGGCAGUGUUUGUUCCAGAUAUCUAUGCCAGGACACAGAGCAACUGGGUUGAUUCCUUUUUCAAGCAGAACGGUUACCUAGAAUUUGAUGCAUUGUCCAGGCUUGGCAUCCCAGACCCCGUGAGCUACAUAAAGAAAAGAUACAAGUCUUCACAUCUUUUAUUUCUGAGCGCAGCCUGUGUUGGUCAGGGAAUUGUGGAUCAAGUGGAGGCUUCUGUAGAUGAAGCCAUCAGCUCUGGAACCUGGGUGGACAUAGCGACUCUUCUGCCCAGUUCAUUAUCAGUAGAAGAUUCUGGGAUGUUGCUUCAGCAAGUGAUGAGAUCUUUCAACAAACAAUCUUCAGCUAUAGUUUUUAUUGACACUGUUGUGGUCAGUGAGAAAUUUAUAAAUAGUUGUACUGAUCUGUUCCGUGACUUGAUGCACCAGAAAGCUGAAAAAGAAAUGAAAAAUAACCCUGUUCAUUUGAUCACUGAAGAAGAUUUAAAACAGGGUUCUAUUUUGGAAAACUCAUUUGCUAAUAAAAAAGACAAAAAGGAUGAGAGAAGAAAGAAAGCAACAGAGGGCAGUGGAAGCGUAAGAGGAGGAGGUGGUGGAAAUGCCAGAGAGAUCAAGAUUAAGAAAACUAAAAAGAAAGGAAGAAAAGAUGCUGACAGUGAUGAGGAAUCACAAGCAAGUAGCACAAGUAGGAAUAAGCAUCUGGAGAUGCUUUUCAUGUCACAGGAAGAGAUUCAGGAUGUUUUAAGGAACCAUAUACAAGACUGUCCUGAAGAACUUAUUAUAGAACUUACUGAACAUUUAAUAAGGCCCCUAACAAAGAGCUAUAAAGAAGUGGUACGUUGUGUAUUCUUAUCUUCAACUUCUUCUUCAUCUGGAGCUAGCAGGAAACAGACCAUCAGGGACUUGCAGGAAGAGGUCUCAAACUUGUACAAUAAUAUCAGAUUAUUUGAAAAGGGAGCAAAGCAUUUUACAGAUGAGACUCAAACUCACCUUGCCAAACACCUGCUGAAGACUGUUUGCACAGACAUUACAAAUCUUAUUUUCAACUUUCUAGCAGCUGAAUUAAUGAUGGCAACAGAUGAUCACACUGCCAUUACAAGUGAAGUCAGGAAAAAGAUUAUAGGUAAAUUACCUGAAGAAUCCAAAGGUGCUUUAACAAAACUACAUGCUUCUUUGAAUGGCAAGAGUUUAGAAGAUUUUCUUUUGUGCCUUGAUUCUGCAGCAGUUGCUUGUGAUAUUAUGGUGAAAAAGGGGGACAAAAAGAAAGAAAGGCAGGUUCUGUUCCAGCAUAGACAGGCUUUGAUUGAACAACUAAAAGUCACAGAAGACCCAGCUCUCGUUCUGCAUCUUACAUCAGUCCUGUUGUUUCAGUUUUCAACCCACUGCAUGGUUCAUGCACCAGGAAGAUGUGUGCCACAGAUCAUUGCUUUCCUAAGUACUAAGAUCCCAGAGGAUCAGCAUUCUCUUCUAGUCAAAUACCAAGGGUUAGUGGUGAAACAGUUGAUCAACCAGAAUAAAAAGAUUGGGCAAGGAGAUGAUGACAUAAUGGAUAAUCAAGAGGAAGAAGAAGGUGCAGAAGAUAUUCGAAAACAGCUCCAAGAAGUGACAGCCUCUGUCAAAGAUCUUGUCCUCAGGCCCAGAAAACCUUCUGUAACAGAGGAGUAAAGAUCUAAUAAAUUCAUCCCAGUCCAUGAAACAGUCAGAAUAUUUUUUUUUUCUUUAAGGGAUAAUGUUCAUUUUGUUGUAGUGGUAGAGGAUGGGAUUGUAGCCUUAGAUUUGGUAAACUUUAAUGGUACUGGUGAAUGCAGUAUAAAGCACAACAGAUGGAUGCUUACCACGGAAUUGAUUAACUGAAUAAAUUAUUUAAAAAUGAAA